AACGGGGUGAAAGUGCGAAAUUCGUCCAUCUGAGGAGUGAUAAGAAAAGAGGGGUGGUGAACCAGGGAAAGAGACAGCUCCUGUGAGAACCUUUAGGGUGGCAGGAUGACGAAUCAUCAGCCAGUGAAGGAGUCCAUGGAGUGUGAGGAUGGGGGGGAGCCGGCGCCUAAAGCUGGCCUUUUCCAGCAAUACUGUGGCUGGAUGACCAGGUCACCUGACCAUCUCCUACUGCUUCUCACCGUCCUCGGUGUAAUAGCGGGCUCAUUGUGUGGCAUGAUGCUCCGGUACGUGCCCGAUUUGGACCCCAACACACUAAUGCUGGUGUCCUUCCCCGGAGACAUCCUGAUGAGGAUGCUGAAGAUGCUCAUCCUCCCCCUCAUCAUCUCCAGUCUCAUCACAGGUUUGGCGGGUUUGGAUGCCCGCUCCAGUGGUAGGAUGGGAACCAGGGCCAUGGUCUACUACAUGUCCACUACUGUAAUCGCUGCCAUCCUGGGAGUUAUCUUAGUCCUGGGCAUUCACCCGGGUAACCCUAAGCUCCGGAGUGACCCCGGAGCGACCAACGCGCCUCCCAAGAAUCAGGAAGUCAACAGUCUGGAUGCCUUCCUGGACCUCAUUCGCAACCUCUUCCCUGAGAACCUGGUGCAGGCUUGCUUCCAGCAGGUCCAGACCGUGCUGAAGAAAGUUGCUGUUCCUCUCCAGAAUCAAACAGAACCUAUCUUUGUCAACAAGAAGAAACUAGAGUUCAAAUGGGGAAUGAAUGUACUAGGUUUGAUUGGGUUCUUCAUUACCUUUGGAAUGUGCAUGGGGAAAAUGGGAGAGAGAGGGAAGCUCAUGGCCGAGUUCUUCAACAUCCUGAAUGAGAUCAUCAUGAAGAUGGUAUCCAUGAUCAUGUGGUACUCCCCUGUGGGUAUUGCCUCCCUCAUCUGUGGGAAGAUUGCAGCUAUUGGAGACUUGGAGGUGGUUGCUAGGCAGCUGGGCAUGUACAUGGUAACAGUCAUGGUUGGUCUUACCAUCCAUGGUGGUAUAAUUUUGCCCUUCAUCUUCUUUGGGGUGACCAGGAAGAACCCUUUCCACUUCUACUCAGGAAUCUUCCAGGCGUGGAUAACAGCCUUAGGAACUGCCAGCAGCGCUGGGACACUGCCAGUCACAUUCCGAUGCCUGGAGGAGAACCUGAAAAUUGACAAGCGCGUGACCCGCUUUGUGCUACCCAUCGGCGCCACCAUAAACAUGGAUGGCACUGCUCUCUAUGAGGCUGUGGCAGCCAUCUUCAUUGCCCAAAUGAAUGACAUCAAUCUAGACGCAGGGCAGAUUGUAACAGUGAGUAUGACAGCAACAUUGGCCAGUGUUGGAGCAGCCAGCAUACCCAGUGCUGGCCUUGUGACCAUGCUGCUGAUCUUGACUGCUGUUGGCCUCCCCACCCAAGACAUCAGCCUUCUCAUUGCAGUGGACUGGCUACUGGAUCGCAUGCGCACCUCCAUCAACGUAGUGGGCGACUCCUUUGGAGCAGGCAUCGUGGACUACCUGUCUCACGCAGAGCUGGCGGAAUAUGAUGCCGAGGGCGUCGCUGCUGCCGAGGGGGAAGAGGAGGAGGAGGAGUUCAUUCCGCCUCCGCCCCUCCUGACCGAGAUAGACCUGAUGGAACCGCUGAAGCCUCCCGAACUGCCACCACGCUCGCCCCGUCCACCCAAGCUGAACCACACGGCCCCGCACUCGCUGGCCCAGUCCCACUCCGUGACGCACUCGCCUCUGUCGGUGCGCUCGCCCUCCCCGCGCUCUGUGCGCUCGCCGUCGCCGCGGCCCGUCCGCUCAUCAUCGCCGCGCUCGAUCCAGUCCCACUCACCCAGACCUUUCCGCACACACUCUCCACGCCUGCUGCGACGCACUGAGCCUGGGUACACUGCCCUACCUACUCAUGAAAACCAGAUUCCUACCCUUCCACGUGCCUAUAGAGAGAGGGAGCGAGACCGAGAGAGGGAGCGACUGCGAGGAAGAGAGAGGGAACGAGAAAGUGAGACCGAGGAGGACGAAGAGAGAGAGAGGGGGUUUGACGAUGUCAGUGACGGGGAGGAGAGUGACGACACUGCUUACGACCGGAGACACACCAUCCCUCCAUGUGACCUACCAUGAGUCCGCCAACCCCUGGACCAUCGCCAAUGGCAGCGUCACAACACUUUUGACGGCAUUU